AUGGUCGCCCCCAAGACCCUUCUCGCCGCCACGGGCACCCUCGCCCUGGCCACUGCCUCCUCCUUCACCACCAUCACCACCACCAGCACAGAGCCCGCCACCGCCGCGGCGACGAUCACCGCUCCCGUCGCCCCGCCCAUGCCACACGGCUCCGGCCCGACGGAGGCCAUGAUCGCCCGCCGCAAGGCGUGGUGCACACAAAACAACGCCGAGAAGCGCCGCGCACCGGGCUGGUACGAGAGCCCGGACGAGUACGCCGGCGCCAUCGGCUACUGCGUCCGCUUCUACCUCGACGAGUACAAGCGCGACCCGUCCAAGGCCGGCUGGCUCGAGCAGUCCAUGGACAGGACCCUCGGCCGCAAAAAGUUUUUGGUCGCCGACUUUGAGAGGAAGGCCAGCCCUGCCCCGACCGCGAAGCCUGUGGCCAACGACGCCGCCGCCUCGAAGAAGGAGGAUCCCGUCAGCGAGGAUCCCGUCAGCGAGGAUCCCGCGAGCGAAGACGAGGUCCGCGUCAACACUGCCAAGAUGGCGGACAUCCUCAAGGAGAGCCUCGGGCUCACCGACGAGCAGCUCAUGGAGCUUGGCUUCAAGCUCGGCAAAAACGGCUUUGCUUUGGUGCAUGCCCCCGAGGAGGACUCCGAGGCUUCCUCUUCCCUUCUCUGGUCCCCCAAGUUCGGUCGCCCUGCCCGCCCUCUUACGCUUCACCCCCUUCGCAAGCUUCACGGCAAGGCGCCCGCGGCUAACCAGCCCAAGGGCAAGGGCAAGGAGCCCGCGGUUGAGAAGCCCAAGGUCGAACAGCCCAAGGUUGAGCAGCCGAAGCCCAAGGUUGAGUAUCAGAAGCCCAAGGUAGAGGAUGAGCAACCCGCAGCUAAGGAGCCCAAGGGUAAGGAGAUCGCGGUUGAGCAGCCAGCGGCCAAGGAGCCUAAGAGUAAGGAGCCCGCGGUCGAGCAGCCCGCGGCCAAGGAGCCUAAGGGCAAGGAGCCCGCGGGUGAGCAGCCCAAGGCCGAUCAACCCAAGGCCGAUCAACCCAAGGCCGACCGGCCCAAGGUCGAUGAGCCCGCGGCCAAGGACGCCAAGUCCAAGAAGUCCAAGGACGAGGAGAUGCCUCACCACGACCACCCUCACGGCGGCCACCACGCCCACCCCCACCACGACGAGCACGAUAAGGAGAAGGAGGAGGAAGAGAAGAAGAAGAAGAAGGAGAAGGAGAAGGAGAAGGAGAAGGAGCAGCACCCCUACCACCCCGACCACCCCCCUUACGAGGAAGAGCCCCUGGAGGAUCACCCGACGCCGAAUCCGACAAAGAUAUUUCCCCAUUAA